AUGGCGAUGCGAGGACCGCGUCAACCCGUCGGGUCGGCGACAUGGAUCGCGGAGGAGAGGGCAUCCGCCACGCAGAUCUCGCGCUCCGAGGCAGAAGAGUUCACAUUUUCUGUCCGAAACGAAUUCGAAUGGCUCAACGAGCACAUGAAUGGCAUCUUUGACGAGAACCAGCAAAACCUCGUCGAUGUGUUCAAGACACCUGGAAAGCUACGGGGGCGAACGCCGCGGACCGCGAGGAAGCCGCCCCCAACCGAGUCUCGCGCGCCGCUUUCUGAUGUUUUCUCUGCAACACCAAAGGCACCUAACACACCCUUUGGUAUGGCGGUUGCCGCCCACGCACAAACACCCAAGUUGAAGGUCGCCGAAGACUGCCCACGUCCUCCUGUCGCUGCCGCGCCAAGCCCAGCUCGCGCUGCUAGCCCACCCAAACCGAUAUCUGUCUCCAGCCCGAAGCCUCCACCAUCAAAGGUCGCCGCCUUUUCACAAGCUGACUCCGGAUACGGGAGUCAACCUCAACCUCAACCUCAACCGCAGCCGCAGUCACAGCAGGACAAUGUUGUUGACACGGAUGUUGAAAUGGAGGACGACUCAGGGGAGGAAGAGUCCAAUUGGCAGGUCUAUCCGGAGACGGACGAGGACGUCCCCAACGUCGCGUCUCCCGAUCUUGGACAGAGGCCCAGUCUUUCGCAGCCGACCGGGGAAUCAUCAUUCCACUCUGCCAAGGAGGAGCAAACCAAGUUCACCAAAGCCCCAUCGCCGCUUCCGCCUCCGGAAGCCUUGUCUCAGUCACCUCCCGUUCGAUCACCAUCACCAGUCCAUUCCCCGAUGCCGACAUCACCGCACAAAAGUUCACCACUCAAGCCUGCCUCGCCUCAGAAGCAGUCGCCUCAGAAGCCAGCUGCUGAGCAUCCUUCACCCUCAAUCGUGCGAAAGCCGGUACCGGCACCUUCGGCAGCUGUCUUGAUGGAGAAACCCAGCGAUGAAGCCUCACCAUCCGAUGCAUCAAGUCCCAUAAGACCUAUCGUGCGCAAGAGCAGCCUGAACUUUGCCUCACUACCCGCACGCGAGCCACUGGGUACCACCAAGAGUAUUGGUGCCCGCAUGUCGCGGACUAGCCACCUGGAUCAGACACGGCAGAGCUACUACAAUCGACCUACUGGGGGCAAGAGCUUGGGCAACGCGCGCCAUGAGAAUGAGGAAGAGGAUGAUGACGAGGACGAGGAGGACGAUCCAGACGAGAUGAAUAUUGAUGAUGACCUUUCUACGCAGAAGACAAGCAAUAUCGACUCAAAGGUUGCCGCGCAUAACAAAACCUAUACGCAACGACUUCAGGACCAGAUCAGCAUGCUUGGGAAGUCUCAGUCCACCGGUUCGAGACCUUCUAAGUCUCUGGCCAAUGUGAACGCGCUCCCUCAAGCUGCAAUGAGCAACCUCGUGCAACCUGUCGAGACCACAACCCAGCAGCCGGCUGCUCUGGAGAGACCACCUACACCGCCGAAGAAGGAUCACAUGACAACCCCGGGUGCAUUCCCAGAAGAUGACGACGAGGACUGGAUUGCUCUACCGCCUGCCAAACAGCAGCCUGCCGCGGUGCAUAGCCCUCGUCCAGCAAUGACUAAGAGUCAUACAACCGACGUGAUGGAAUCUUUCGCCGGCAAGGAUACUGUUGGUGGCUCUGAUUUUCUGCCGUCUGCACAAGGACGGCAGGAUAGUCUCGAAACGUCCCCGAAAAGAGCGGCUAUCAUGUCUGAUAAGUCCACUGGUACCCCAGGACACUCCAAGUCUGCCUCGGUACCUUUUUUGCCAUCGAAUACAAGCAUGGAGUCCGAGGUGUCGGAUGAUACUUCAAGCCCUCUAAAGAAGGCAAUUUCGGUAUCAAACCCUACUGCUCUCGCAACCGUGCACGAAGGUGACCGGCCCUCAACGCCCAAAUCGCCAUCGCGAUCGUUCCGGGACAGUCCCCUCAAACAGGUUAAAAACAAGCUUUCAUCAAUCCUCAAAAGCUCCAAAGGGCUGCUCGCUAGUAGCGCGGCUGUCAGCGCUGAAGGAAAGGCCUCGCUUCUGUCUCCUUCUUCCACCCGUCUUGGGAUGCACUUCAACCCCUCCGUGGAGUCUCUUGCACCCAGACCAAAAACUGCAGGCGAUGCGUUAUAUCCGGAUCUCUCUCAACACCUGCCCUUGAAUAACUCGAAUCCUUCAAGGCCGGGAAGCCCUGUGCGUGCCAACACCCGCAAGACAAGGGCGUCGGCUGAGAGAGAAAAGCGUGAGCUUGAAAAGGAGAAGUUGGAACAGAAGCAAAGGGAGAAGGCGGCAAAGGAGGCCCAGCGUGCUGCUAAGGAGAUGAACAUGCUGGAAAAGGCCCGAGAGAUGGAGAGGGAAAAGGCGAGGGCUUUUAACCAGGAGCAAGAGCGGCGGCAGCUUGAGGCCAAGAGGGAGCAAGAACGGAUCGAGGCUCACCAGAAGGCCGAGGCCAGGAGAAUGCAAGAGAGGAUGGAAGAGGAGGCGCGCAGACGUCCGGCAUCUCCAGUCAAGGAGACGCCCAGGGUCACUCGAAGCAGUCCACGUAAGGGUAAGGGCCAAGCUGGACCUUCUGAUCGGGACGUGGACAUGGCCGAUGCACCAUCAAUGAUGCCCCCGCCAUCUGUGCCACGGUCAGCAGUGCAGUCCAAGUCUGCGAUACGCCGUCCUGUGGCAAAGCCAUCCAAGGAGACGCUUAGCAAGUCCAAACAGGCACCUACCGUCAUAAGAGUCAACACAACAUCCCAACACCCGCGAGCGCAUCCCUCAACCAGUGUUUUGUCAGCCACGCUACAGGACACCCUGGGCCCCCAGUCAUCGCAGCUCAAGUCUAAGCCUAGCGUGCCUAACUUGCAGAAGAAGCCCUCGGUGGCGAGCUUCAAGAGCUCGGUCGCCUCGACGGGCCGUCCAAAGGCACUUGAGCAAGCCGCCGCAAGGAAAAAGGAGGUCGAGGAGCGCGAAGCCGAGGCCAAACGACAGGCCAAGUUGGAAAAAGAAAAGAAGCGGGAACGUGAGCAGCAGCAGCGUCUCGAGGCCGAGAGGCAGAAGGAGGAGGAGCGGAGACAAGCCGCGGCGGCCCAAGCAGAGGCCAGGAAAGCUGCCGCCAGGCAGGCAAUCCUCGAAAAGGCGAAACAGACCAAGGCGCCUCCGCCUCUGCAGAGAUCUCAGCAAAACGGCCGACCUGAUCACAGUACCACAGCAGGCUCUAUCCCACGUCCUGCUUCCCGGCUUGACGCGGCCAUGCGAAGCCAGGAUGACCUGUCUAGGCCUUACCCACCGGGCAUGGCAAGCGCUGCCAAGCCUGCGCCCAAACGACCUCUUCAACAGGAUGAGUAUCGCCAGGGUCAGCAGAAGCCAGGUCCUUCUUUCAAGGAAUCCGAGUCGAAGCGCAUGCGCUUUACAGAUGAGUGGGAUGCAGACGAGUUGGAGAUGGGAGGUGUUAUGAACGUCCCGCCUGUGCGGCCGUCAAACGGCUUCAAGAAGGACUUGCCCAACAACAAAUCCCAUUUCUCUCACGGCUAUACCAAUGUUCCCCAAUCCCAGAGUGCGACGCGGGACCUGUUCAAGGCGGCGGUCGAGAACCAGCACAACGCCAAUGUCAAAGCCACGCAUCCAUUGGGUAUGGCUCAGGUAUCCAAGGGAACUAUACCGUUUGCACAAUCCCAGACCGGAGCUGGGCCGUCAACGCACAAGACGCCAGCACGACCAGGGGCUGCUUCUCAGGCCAAAUCAGCAGCUAAGUCGGCCACUCGCUCAUCGCCUCGCUUCCAGAACGGUGAGGCCAUAGAACUCCCGGAGAUCCAAACAGACGAAGACGACAGCGAUGAGGAGGACCAAGUGGCGGUCGCGGACUGGGCCAACUCCCCGGAUCUGCGCCGGGCGCUUAUGAGGCAGGAGACUAUCGAUCCCAUGCAAGUGUUUGGCCCGCCAGCGCCGAUCAACAUGGAAGAGGUCUUCAAGGGUGGGAACAGGCAAGCCAAGUUCCGGGCACGAACGAGCAGUGCCAACUGGGACGGCGGCGACAGGUUGACAGAGGAAGACAUCCGCAAGGAUCUAAUUGCCCGCGAAAAGAUCAGGCGUGAGGGCGGCUGGUCAUAUGACCUGGGCAGGGAUACUCCCUGA